AUGCCUGGCCAACUCCCCACCAAAGCCGACUUCCCCGCAUCCGUCAACUUGACCAUUACUGCCCCACCCGCGUCGCAGCCGCCGACCAACGUCUUGAUUCUCCUACAUGGCCUCGGCGACACAAAUGCUUCCUUCACCAAGCUCGGACAGCAGCUGAAUCUGCCAGAGACAGCAUGCAUCGCCAUACAGGCACCGACGCCGCUACCGUUUGACCUCGGUGGCAGUCACUGGGGUGAUGACAUGACUUUUGAUCCGGCCACCGGCGAGAUGGACAUGGACACUGGUUUCAAAGCAUCCAUGCGCAUAGUAUUAGACCAGGUCAUCCGUGAGGGCCUCGUUGGAAAAUGUGGUUAUAAACCGCGAGAAAUUGUCAUGUUCGGAUUUGCGCAAGGUGGCAUGGUCGGCCUCCAGGCUGCCGCCGAACUCCAAGGUGAGGAGCUGGGCGGGGUCAUCAGUAUCGGAGGCCCGCUGUCGACAUCCGUGCCCCUCAGAGCUCUGGAGAAGAAGAGCAAGACGCCCGUGCUAGUCUGCAAGGCAAGCAAGAAGUCGGCAGUUACCGAGAGCGCUACCGCUAGGCUCAAAGAUGCCUUUGAAUACGUGGAGAUCAAAGAGUGGAAGAAGAAUGCCGACGGUAUGCCUAGCAGUCGCGAGGAGAUGCUGCCCAUUAUGCAAUUCUUUGCUCGUCGGCUGCGGAGCAUGAAGGGUGUGCCUGCAGGUAGUAUUGAGCUUUCAUGA